UUUUGUAUGUCAGUAUUUUGUUUUUCAAGGUCAUGCCUAGUGGAGCGGAGAAUGGCAAAUCGCUGGAGAAAUAGGCCGAAUGGUGCCAAGCCACAGCCUUUUUCCCUCUCCACGCUGCCCCCCUCCCCCCCAACAUCCCAAUGGUUCCCCCUCCCACUUCUGCAGUACCUCGAGCUCACAUAAGUGUGGGGGGUAUAAAUGGAGGUACGAAAACAGAGAGUGAUUCAGACACCAAGUGACAGAAAGAGAAGAGAUGGCAGGACAGUGGAUGAUGAUCCUGAUUGGCGUUUCUUUGUGGAUGACUUGCUCAGCAGCUCCAACCGAAUGCCACUUCAACUCUCAAGCUCUGUGCGAGUAUGAGGGAAAGUACUACUCGUUGGGUCAGAGCUGGAUGGAGCAUGGGUGCAUUCAGUGCACCUGUCUUCACCCUUUUGGGGUGGGCUGCUGUGAAACUGUGCAGCAGCCAGUGGACUUCCCCCCUUGGUGCCAGGUGCGAGUUGAAUCUGUAACCUGCAAGGUGAGCUUGGUGCUGACCUCUGACCCACGUCUGCCCUGCAUUCCGGGAGAAGGGAACAGCGUGGACCCCGGUCAUGGAGAAAUGAACGUGAAACUAGCAGGUUAACAAGACAAGCAGUUGAUCCAUCUGCCAAACCUGCACCAUGCCUGUCUGCCUGAGCUGUCAUUGUGCUUCACCUGUAGGAUCUGUAAUAAUGAUAC